AAGCAGUCACUGGCAAACCCCGAGCGUCAUUGUAUUGCCUUCCUCUUCUUGACCAACUUCACGCGGUAAUAUUUAUCUACUAUUCUAAGAAUGUCACAGAGAAAGAUUGUACUGAUUACAGGCUGCUCAGACGGCGGCAUCGGCCACCACAUGGCAGUGGAGCUCGCUGCGCGCGGCUGCACAGUGUACGCAUCAGCUCGCAACACCUCCAAGAUAACAUAUGCCAACGACAAGAGCAUCAUCCCCCUGGAGCUCGAUGUCACCAGCAUGGAGUCCGUGAAAGCAGCAGUUGCGCAGGUCGUUAAGGAGGCUGGGCGAAUUGACGUGUUGGUCAACAACGCAGGCAUGAGCUGCAUGGGACCCAUGGUUGAAGUCGAUAUUGAAAGGGUGCGGCAGGCAUAUGAUACGAACGUGCUGGGCGUGGCCCGGGUGUGCCAGGUAGUGUCUCCGCACAUGAUCAAGCAGCGCAGCGGCACGAUUGCCAAUGUUGGCUCGGUGGUCGGCUACAGCUGCACGCCCUGGGCCGGCGUGUACGCGUCGACCAAGUCUGCUGUGCACGCAAUGUCAGACGCCAUGCGCAUGGAGCUGAGCCCGUUCAAUGUGCAUGUCACGGUGGUGGCUCCUGGUGGCAUCAAGUCGCAUUUUGCCGACAACAGCUCGCUCGAGCUGCCCGAGUGGACAAACUACGAGCCGGCGAGACCUGCAAUUGAAGCAAGGAUCAAAUAUUCGCAGUCCGGUGGCGUCACACCCACCGACGAGUUUGCGCGUGUGGUGGCGGGCCGCAUUCUGGCAGACCGCCCGUCGGCAUAUAUCACGUAUGGGAACCACUCGACGCUGACCUGGCUGCUGUACUAUGUGCCGCCUGUCCUGCGCGAUAGGCUGUUGGCGCGGCGCUUCAACACGGGGUUGCUGAGGACCAAGGAUGCGGAUAGCAGUAGCAGUGCUGGGUCUCUCAAGGCGCUGCUGGCGCUGUCUGCAGCGGCAGUUGUUGUGUGGGCGGUGAACCCGGCAGGGGUUGCACGAAGCCUAGUCUCCUCGGCCUGAGCUGGAACGGGCAGGAUCGGCCGCUCAGGACAGAUGUUUUUUUUUUUUCCACAGUCACAUGCGUAUAAGUCACCCGCCGCUUCAGCUCCAGGUUAAUUGGUUGACAUGUGAAAGAGUUGAGGAGGGGGCGGAUCAGAUGCGAGCUG